UCUUGGCUCGCGGUUUUCACCUGGGGUAUAUUUUAUUAACUCGCCCGCGUUGGUUGGACGUGGUGUUUCUGUCUUUGUCUCUGCGUCCGGUAUGCACCGGGUUUAGACUCGGCCGCGGACGGGUUGCGUGUGCGAUGGAACGGCCAAGACGACACCGCUUGGACAACGUCGUUCAGAGAGCGUGCUGUGCUCUCUUCUUUUUGACGUGUGCGGGAUUGGUUACGCAAGCAUUCGCCGACUCUCCAUCAUGCGAUUUCGAAAAGGGACACUCCUGCGAAUGGAGUUUGGGUGACUGCACCAAAUCGAGUUGCUUCAACGUCACUCGGCCGAAAGACGUCGACUAUGGACCGACAACGGAUCACUCCUCGAACUCAGAGGACGGCUGGUAUGCAAUGGCCGUGUACAAUGGCAGUGAAGAGGCUCGAUUGGAACGAGAUGUCACCGGUCCCUUCUGCUUGCGUGUCUGGUACCAACUGUCCGGUUACGAUGACCCCAGAAUGGAAAUCGUAGUCAGCGGAGGCCAAUCUGGAGAUCUUGUGGUCUACCGUGCCCGAUCACCGCGAACGACGGGUUGGCAGGAGGCUGUCUACCACGAGAACGACACGGGAACCUUCACGGUUUCCAUCAGAGCGUUCACAUCGCCAGAGAUGGAAGGAAACGUCAUAGCGAUUGAUGACAUCACUUGGACUAGUGGAGUCUGCGAGACAGCCCCUCGAGAUGGUUCGUGCGACUUCGAUUUGGACACGUGUGGAUACAGAAGCACGAAUUGGGUGAUUCGAACAGGUCGGACAGAUGGCUUCGAAGAUCAUACCACUCAGACAACCGUUGGUGGACGAGCAGAAUUUAUGACGCUGAGUAAGUCGUACGGUAAAAUAAGCACGCCAGUUCUAGCGAUAACCGCACGUCGCCAGUGCCUGUCCUUCUUCUACUACAUUUCCCACCCGACGACGACGAGCAGCUUGGACGUCACUGUUACGGAAGAUAGGGAAGACGUGUCCUGGUGGCAAAAUAUCGCGAACUACUUCGCACCGCCGGCGACCAUCUGGGAAAGAAGAAGAUCCACACUCUCCACUGGAUCUUGGGCACCUGCGCAGAUUCAGUUCACAGUGAAGGAAAAGUUUCAGAUUGAUUUCGGUUGCCUCGCUGCUGAGGACGUUACAGGCAACUUCUCGUGUGCUCUGGAUGACGUUAAGCUGACGGACUGCACUUCUGAAAUAGAGGUAGACCUGGGCUGCGAUUUUAAUGAUAACACAACUUGUUUCUGGACUGAGCUGGGGGACUCAACCGCUUGGUCGAUACGUUGGGCAGGCCGGAAGGAUGCAGUUACCGGUAAAGACGACGGCUACUACAUCGAAGCAGAUCUUACCGAUCAGGGAUCGAUGAAACCAUGGGCUGCUCUUGCGAGUCCGUCGAUCCCCGAACAUCGUGCAGGUGUUGCCUGUUUCUCUUUCGACUACUUAAUUGCUAUGCAGGGCGGAGCACUAAGCAAAAUGGAUGUCGGCCCCGUCGGUGGAAUGCCCUUCUGGACCUCUCAAGUUUCUAAAAACUACUGGCAUACAGAAAAGGCAGAGUUCAAAUUAUCCAGUUUGGGACCGGAGCGCCAGAUCGUGGUGAACAUUACAGGUUUUCCAUCAACUUACCUCGACAAUCUUGCAGUAACAAUGGGAGGAUGCGACUCUAAAGAGGAAGCAAGCGGGAGCUACGACUGCGACUUCGAGCGGGAUAUGUGUACCUUCAAAAGUGAUGAAAAAAUGAGACGCUGGAUGUUAGGUGGACGCCACAGCAAAAGCGGACUACCAAGACCUCCGACGGAUCACACCUAUCAGAGCGGCAGAGGAUCAUAUUUAUACGCCACAAUGGCUGAUCCGAACGACAGGAGCGCUGCACAUCUGGACAGUCCUGUCAUAGAUCUUCAGUCAAGGCAGGAACAAUGUAUGGAGUUCUUCUACAGAAUACCGGGCCCCUGGGUAGCAAAGUUAAUGGUAUUUGUCGCACCCCCUAAUACAGAUGGGUUGCCUGUCCCGGAGUGGACGGCAGACAUCAGCAAUGAGGCUGGAUGGACACCUGGACGCAUUCGUGUUCCAAAAGGGAACAGGGUAUCUUUUAUGGCGCUGCCGGUACCCGACGGAAAUCCGGGCUACGUCGCCCUAGACGACAUCACCUUCUACUCGGCCGACAAAUGCGAUACCGUUCCUGGAAUGAUAAACAACGCUUCUGUGAGUGAUCUCCUGGAUUGCGAUUUCAACAUGGGUUCCUUCUGCAACUGGCAAAGCAAGGGUUCCAGGUGGCAGUUUGGAAGCGCACUCGCCGGUCCUCUCCCGGCUCCAAGGCCAAAACUCGGAGAAUACAUAUUCUUCAAGGGUGACACCACUGGGAAUCAAGAACCCACGGCUGCGAAGCUUGUCUCCGUCAAGGUGCCGAGGCAGGAUGGGCCUGCGUGUGUUGAAUUCUUCUACCAUAUGUUCUCGGGAGACCGCUCUGUACUGCAUGUCACUGUCAGUGCAGAAGACAGCAGCAGCACUCGGAAACCCUUCUGGCGUUCCGGUGGUACGACGGCUGAUCGUUGGUACCGCGCCAGGCGGACUCUGAUUCUGGACAACGCGAACAACGUGAUCUCAUUUGAAGUUGAAGCCGAAAAGGACUUCAUUGGUCUCGUUGCUCUGACCGGUCUGAAAUUUAUUCCUGGCCCAUGCAUGUCCGAUGAAGACAGCUUAGGUCUCUGUGACUUCGAUCACGAUACAUGUGGCUGGGAAACGCCCGAGGUCAUGGACACCAAGUGGGACCGGGCGAAACUUCCUCAGGACGCUGUGCAAUUUCGGCAAUUUCCGGAAGCUUUGCAGUCAGGAGGGAACACACUGGUCGCAAGGGCCACCAGAGGAGUGCAUGACGUGUCUUUGGUUAGCCCACCGUGGGAGACGCUCCCAAGCUGCCUCGAGUUUUGGUACCGCCGGAGUGACGAGACCUCAUCCAGCAUCAGUGCUGCUGUCACGGGGGAGAAGCGGAAUGACAUCGUCUGGAGGACGCCGGAUUACCCUAGGAAUAACUGGAUGCUUGCCAGAGUGCCCCUCGUAGGACUUCAGAAUGGGUCACCUGGUAGCAACUUAAGAUUGGUGCUGAAAACGAACUGGACUGUGAAGUCGACCGGGACUUCAGAACUUGGCAUCGGCAAUGUCCGAACGACGCCCAUGCCUUGUGAUAGCCUGCUGGACUGUUCUUUCACCUAUAAUCUAUGUGGCUACGUGGAACAGGGCCCGCCGGAGUUCCGCUGGCGAGUCGGAUCAGGACGUGCGGCCUACGAAGACUUUCAAAUCCCCACUCCUCCAGUAGAAGACGAACGAUACUUUGCUUACAUCGACGCAUCUACCGCCAUCAGCGAUGCUCAGCAAGAGACAUCACUCUUCAGUCCCGUCUUUGCCACCGGUGGUAAUGACACCAUCUCUGUCACCUACAUGCGGAAGGGCAAACACAUCACGUCGUUGGAAUUGGUUCACUGGACCUUCGAUUCCACUAAGCAACCUACGGCGCAGAAAGUGCAACUGCCUCCGAGCGACGGAUGGAGCGAUUUCCACAUUUACCUCUACACCGGCGAACAGAGUCAAAUCGAGGUUCGAACGAAGCGUUCCGAUGGACGGAGAGGAAUUGUUGGACUCCUGGGCAUUCAGUUCUACAAAACUGGAUCUCCCACCACAGGCCUACCGCGAGGGAGCUCGCUAGAUUGCACCUUCGAAGACGGCAGCUUCUGUGGUUGGACUGCCAACAACACUGUACUCCAGUGGGCGAUUAAGGACCCCUCGAAAGAAGUGCCGUCCCUGCCACGCUUUGAUGCCACGACUUCGUCUUACUCAGGUCGGUUUGCGUACGCUGAGUUGCCUGACCAGUCGCCCGAAGCAUCCGCUUCAUUGAUAAGCCCAGAGUUGCCAUCCAAUCUGAAUGAUACAGGCUUCUGCGUUUCUUUGUGGGUCGCUGCUUCUGGAACGUCCAGGCUCGAAAUAGACACAGGACGAGGCUACACGGCAUGGCCUCUACGGGGACCAUUCAGCUGGAUGGAAGCAAGACGGUUUGCCGACCAGGGUCGGGCAUACAGGGUGACCAUACAGGUCGACGUGAGCUCUGGUGCAAUAGCUGUCGAUGACAUAAAAAUCACGCCGGGAGAAUGUCCACCUACAGCAACGAGCACAUUCGAAGGUGGCUCGGGGUGGACGUUAGCUGGUCACCCGCUGAAUGCUCGAUCGUGGGUGGUAAAGAGCGCCAGGACCGUAGGAGUGAAAGACCACACAUUGGAUUCUCCAGCGGGUCACGUGUUGUACCUGAAUACUUCCUCGCUCGGGGACACGGCCCAUUCUAUCGCAAGGGUUGUGUUCGGCAAACGCAGGGCGACCGACGCAGCUUGUCUUACCUUCUGGUGGAAAUCCUACGGAGCUUCGACUCAGCUCAACGUCUACAGGCUAACGGAAGACAUGGGACUGCGGGAUCCGUUGCUGAGUAUCACAACCGAAGAGACGCCCAAAUGGUGGAACGGACGUUCGGUGACCGUCUCCUCACACACGGACUGGAAUGUGGUGUUUGAAGGUGUGAUCCCCAAUUUCGUUGGACAAGCCUCUGCGGUACUCCUAGACGACCUGGCAAUCAAGGACGGUGCCUGUGAUCCUGAUAACUUGUGCACGUUUGAAACGGCCAACUGCUUCCACUGGGCGCACGGGACGCAUAGUAACACCAACCUGCUGAACCCUGUCAUGCAUCCCGGGGUGUGGAAGGUACAAGGCGCUGGCGCAGAGCCCGCAGUGGAUCAUACGGACGGCAACACGGAGGGUCACUUCCUCUAUUUUGCCGGAGGCAACGGAACUGGAGCAGCGUACGUACUCACCGGCCGCCGCUUCCGUUGCGUUUCUUUUUGGUACUACCUGCCCGAGCAGGAAUCUGGUGCUUGCAGCCUGGUUGCUGGCAAGAGCAUUCGCCGUCUUCCUACUAGGCAACGGUGGAAAUUCCACCAGUACGACGUCUACGAUCACGAUAGCGGCAUUCUCGUCCUGUGUGGCAGAAACCCGGAAGCGUUUGCUGCUGUUGACGACUUAAGCGUGUCUGAAGACAUGUGCAUUCAAAUAGAGCUACCAGACACGCAAGUAUUUGAGUGUCGAGAAAGCAAUCAGACUGUGCCCCUUGAAAAGAGGUGCGAUUUCUCGUUCGACUGCGUUCACGGGGAAGACGAGAAAAACUGCGGCGCCUGCGAUUUCGAGGAAGACGCUUGCGGAUGGAGCUUGGGAUUGAGCAAGGUUCCAAUGUGGCAGAGGGUACAAGGCCUGCCGGACAAGCCGGAUUUUCCAUUUGACCAUACCAAAGGAAGUCCUGAAGGCUUCUUCGCCAUGGCUAUCCCAACAGGUGAUCGGUUCCCGGAUACGCGUAUGGCCCUCAGCAGACGCAUGGAGAGUCCUCGUUUCCGCAAUCCAGGAUCCCUUUGCAUCAUGAACUUCUGGUAUAUCUACAAGACAAAUAACUACAGCAUGAACUUGCAAAUGGACCUACGGACUGGUCCAUAUAAGAUGAUGCUUUGGAACCUUCUCUCCCGAGAGAGGAGACCUGAAGAAGAAGUGUGGACUUUAGGCAGCGUCUUCAUUGGCCGCUACACCAGUGUUGUGCAGGUCAUCAUCAGCGCAAUGCAAUAUCCUGUCCGUUCUGGAUACAUCGCCAUCGACGAUAUCUCGUUUCACCAGUGUAGGAGACCAGAGCCAAAGCCAGAGUGCGGGCCGUCGGAAUUCCGGUGCCGCAACCGUGCCUGUAUAAGGAACCUGUACGUGUGCGACUACAACGACGACUGCGGGGAUCUUAGCGACGAAGAAGACUGCGGCAAGUACAAGUUCAGGUGCAGCUUCGACGCUUCCUUGUGUGACUGGCACCUGGACCCUGACGCUCCUCUUCACGGGAGCUGGGAAAGGAGGGCACCUUUUGCUCACCUUAGCCAGGGACCCACACGCGACCACUCUACGCGGAACACCGAGGGAAAGUUCCUCUACCUGGGCUCCAGCAGCACGCCCACUCAAGGGGAGGUCUUCGGUCCCUGGUUUGACCCCAAGACGCCGUGCCAGAUGCGGCUCCAUUUCGUCGUCCGAGGACCUGCCCUAGCACAAGUGUCUGUGAACACGCUCGACGCUGACGGCGUCGUACGCUUGGCUUGGGGAACCUCUUCCCCUUUGGCUGUGGAUGAUUUUGUGGAAGUUCUCGUUCCAUUCAACAUGGCACGGCCAUAUCAGGUCGUACUUGAAGGAAGCAUCAAUGGAUCAAGAACUCAGACGGGAUACGUGGCUAUUGAUGACGUCACAUUCGCAACAACGUGCACGCCACUCAGCGGUCCAGCACCACAGGUUAAGAAAUCGGUUCUCGCAACAAGGUUGUGUCCCCAAGGACAGUAUCCGUGUAAGACUUCUCACCAGUGCCUCGAUCAGAGUCUCGUCUGUGACUUUAAACGCGACUGCAAGGACGGCUCAGAUGAAGCACAGUGUGGUGCUUGCGACUUCUCUGUGGACAUGUGUGGCUGGAAGAACUCAAUGAAUCCGUCCCGAGUCUCCUGGGAACGCGUCAAUGCUCAGAUGGCACUGAACAACCCUACUGUUUACAGCAACUUUCCCAAGGAGGACAGCUUCAACAAUUCCAGGGGAUGGUACUGCAGCUACACCGACACGAACACCACAACCCAGAAUAUGCAGCCCAGCUUACUCAUUAGCCCUGAACUCGGAGCAACGGGACCAGCGUGCGCAGUUACUUUCUAUGCUUACAUUGGAGCAAUUGCUUCGGUAAGUUUCGGCAUCAAUCUACCGGGCUUGAAUAAGUGGUUGGUGUCCAGCGCUGCAGGACCUGAUCACUCCUGGAGAAAGCUGGGAGCCCUAGUAGGCCCUCAGUCCGCUGGCUUCAAGUUCACUUUCAUGGCCAGCAACGCUAACGUCAGCAUCGACGACAUCGAAUAUCACGACUGCGAGCCAGGAAGCAAAGCACAAAAACCGCUCAACUGUACGUUCGAAGAAGAGGAAGGAUGCGGCUGGUACCAAGUGAAGGAAGUUGUCACAGCGGAUUGGAUCAUUUCUGAUGGACGAAAAACGCACGAAAACCAACCCAACGGAGACCACACGACUGGAACAGGACGGUACAUCUACGCCACACAGAGCAGCGUGCGCUCCAGCAGUGCUAAACUGUUUUCUGAAGCUGUACCUCCAACUUCCACUGCGGGCCGUUGCUUGUCGUUUUGGUACCAAAUGAAGGACAACGAAAAUGGAAUGUUAUACGUGAUUCUCAAUCCAUUCGGUCUUCCGGGUCGUACCAUCUAUCAAAAGGCAGGACUAGUGGCGCCUGAAUGGAAGGCAGGCCGCGUCAAUAUCGUGUCUGACAAACAAUUCAAGAUCGCCUUCGGUGCAUUGCUCCAGGGACGCAGCAAUGCAACCAUAGCUCUGGAUGACAUAGUCUUGGAUGAAGAGCCCUGCCCAGACACAUCUGUAAAUUGCGAUUUUGAAGAAGGUACCUGCGGCUGGAAUUUGGAUGGCUGGGCCCUCACAACGGGAUUACAGCAAGGGACGCCACCAAGAGAUCACUCGACUUUCACUGCGUCAGGGCACUUCGCCGUGUUGAGAAAUCUUCAUGGUAGCAUCGUCAGCCCCAUGCACACUGUCAGUCCGCAAGAAACGCGUUGUCUCAAAUUCUGGCACUUCGUUUCUCCUGGAAGCACAGAAGUCCUCGCUGUCUCCCCAGAGACGAAUGCAUCCGCCCCGGCAUUGUGGCACGUAAAAGGGAUUGACACGCCAGCGAAGAAAUGGUCAUCGGGAACUGUGAACAUCGCCGGAAGAGCAGAACCGUUCAGUCUGAUGCUCAAAGGGUACAAGUCAAACGACAAGGCAGCAGUCGUUGCGGUGGACGACAUCUCUUUCGCCGUGACCGCCUGUCCUCCACCUGGAACUUGCACCUUCGAGGAGAACCUCUGUAAUUGGCAUAACGCUGCUGGUACCUUGAACCUGACAUGGAUACGGACUUCUACUGCGAAACGGCCAGCCAAGAGUCGACCGCCCAAGGAUCAUACGACAGGGAAGAGGGCCGGACGCUACAUGUACUUGGACUUUUCUCGCGCGAAGCGAAGCAAAGCUGCCCUGGUGGGCACCCUCGAAAGCGAGGUCCUACACUACAGUCCAACCAGUUGCCUUCAGUUCUUCUAUUAUAUAAACAGGGUAAAAAGCAAAGGAACAGCCACCUUGUCCGUGGAGUAUGUUGCAGAAGGAAAAGUCAUCCAGUACCUCACUGACACUGUCACACUAAAGAAACGUGCCUGGGUUCAAUAUAGUCGGACAGUGACGAACCUUCCGGAGGACUACGUUAUCCGGAUCACUGGAACUCCAGGCAAGCGGGCCAAGGGCGUCGCUGUCGAUGACAUCACCGUAUUGGACGGUCGCUGCCCGGGAGACACUGCGGUGGAGGAACCCACAGAGGCCCCGGGGAAUUGCACGAAGUGGGACUGCGACUUUGAAACGAGCAUGUGCUUCUGGAAGGGUUCCUCGUGGGUCAUCCGUUCAGGCCAAACUGCCAUAGAGUUGAAAGAAGGUCCGACCAUGGACAGACGUAUGCAAACAUCACAAGGACAAUACGCAUUCUUCUCGCCGAAGCUCGGGUCGCAGGACACCACGUUGGUCAGCGCACCUCUAGAUCCCUCAGAAGGAUCCUACUGUGUCGAGUUCUGGUAUUUCCUCUUCAGUUCGGAACUUGUGAAUCUAGAUGUUUCUGUGGCUCCUGUUCUAGGGACGCCUACAAAGAUGCUAUGGUUUCAGCAAAACUCGGCACAGCGUGUCUGGCGGCGAGGCUCCGUGACCGUUCCCAAGAACGAUUCGUGGAACGGAGAAGUCAUCCGCUUUCGGGCGUUGCCAGCGGUUCCUGGUGUAGCAGAGGUGGCCAUCGAUGACGUGCGAGUGCACAACAGCGAUACCUGCGUCCAUCCACCUGGAACCCUGUGCGACUUCGAAGGAGACGGCUUCUGCGGCUUCACUGUGCAGGCUCCAGACGAGGUACCAUGGCGACGCCGCGUGAGUCAGCAACGUCAAGCCGUAUCCGAGAGACCCCAGGUGGAUCACACCUUCGGCACGGCUGUUGGCCACUACUUGCUCCUGGAAACUGAAAACAACUGGAAGUCCGUCCGGUCGUACUUGGUAGUUCCUGGUGCCACAUCCUCCCAGGGUAGUUGCGUACGCUUGUGGUACCAUUUCGGAGGGAAUUCCUUGGGUGCCAUCUUCAUCGGGGCUGUACCGAAAGGUACUGCUGCUGAUUCGGUCACCAGCACGUCCUUCACAGUUUCCGAGAUGCCAGGCUGGAUACCUCUCCAGUCUACACUUUCCCACGAAGGACCACACGACAUUGUCAUCACUGGAACCCUGUCUCCCCGGCGGUCUGCCGACGGGUCCAGCGCUGGUGCACGCCAGGCUCUGGCCCUGGACGACAUCCUUGUCACUGAAGGUCCUUGUCCAGCAGAGGGCGACUGCAACUUCGAAGACGGUCUCUGCGACUGGCAGAAUGUCCCGAACGCUAAAAGGAAGUGGAUCCUGAAUCGUGGCCAGACGCACGGACUUGCCCCUGCCUUUGACCACACUGUGGGCUCACCCCAAGGUUCUUACAUCUACAUCGAGGGCAACUCCGCUGAUGCCGCAGCCAUUCUUGAGUCUGCUCCACAGCACGUGAAGCAAUCGCUCUGCUUAGACUUCUGGUUUUGGAUUCAAGUGAACUCAAGCGCUGCUACAUGGACUGGAAAGUUGCGUGUCGAAGCAAAGCCAGUAAGCAAAAACCAGGUAAACCAGGAUCAACCAGGAAGCGUCCUGUUCGAGACUUCCGCAAGGACAACUGCGUGGACGAGGACACAAGUGAACAUCCCGGCCAUGACGGACAGGUUACCGUGGACUAGGAUACGUUUCGUCGGCGACACGAGUGACAAGGCCACGAGCGCCAUUGCCUUGGAUGACGUCACCGUUACUGCAGGUUCCUGUGCCCCGACUACAGCCCUCACUAGCUGUGGGGACGGAAAGAGUUUCGUUAACGCCUCUCAGGUAUGCGACUUCAAGGAAGACUGUCCAAGCGGCGAAGACGAAAAAAAUUGCGGGGAGUGCGACUUCGAGAACGGAACUUGCGGCUGGACAUCUGUACGAGCGUACUCGUCGUGGAUAUGGACCACUGUAAGCCACGCGCCCGCUGUUGGUUUCCUACCCAUCACCGACAAAAACGACGGAACGCAGCAGGGUGGUUACGUGUACUCCGCCGCAACACGCACGGGCCACUCAUUCGCCGUCUUGAGAAGCCCAGAUGGUACGAGGAAGCUGAAACGCUCAUCGAAGGACUGCAUCAUGUCUUUCUGGUACUUCACGACCGGAGACACGAGUCCACUGCUGGCGGUAUGGAAGAACGUAUCGGGGUCCGUAGGUGCCGUGUGGCGCGUCCAGGAGCCCGGAUCGCACACUUGGCAACGCGCCGACGCUGCCGUCGGAUCAACCCACACGCCUUUCACGAUGGAGCUCGUAGCACGUGUAAAUGCGAAUACCCUUGCGAGCAGCAGCGCCGUGUCUGUGGACAGCGUUUCGUUCCGGGACUGUGGCCUCCAACGGGUAGACGCAGAGCAAUGUGACCAACGACUGCUGCACUGCGCCAAAACCAAAGUGUGCAUCGACAAAGACCGACUCUGUGACCACGAAGACGAUUGUGGGGACCAACAGGAUGAAAAUGUGUGCGAUGACUAUCAUAACUUUUGCACGUUCCAAACAGCCGGCAGUCGAUGCGACUGGACUGCCGUCAAGUCAAAGGGCGGAGCUCCAAGUUGGGUAGCAAUCAGCGCCAGGUACAGCCGGCGAGACACGAACACCGGGCCUUGGGUGGACCACACAACGGGAGUCGGUCGCGGUGGACGAGUUCUGCUUCUGCGAGCAACAAACAGCCGUGGCCUCAACGCGGCCGCAGACUAUGUUAGUCCGGACUAUGUUGCGAAAGACGGGAAAUGUCGACUCCGUUUCUUCUACUACCUGCACGGAAGUGGCGUUCGUGGGCUGACACUGUUCGCUCAGUUCGACAGAGAGUCGAAUAGCAGCCACUGGAGGGAGCUCUGGCAAGCUAGCGGAGCAAAAGGUCAGGUGUGGUUGAGAACCUCCGUCCCUGUUGAGUGGACCGAACCCUUCCGCUUCGUCCUCAGAGGCACAACAGGUGCCAAUUUCUCGUCGGAUAUCGCAGUGGAUGAUAUUUCGCUGACUCCCGGGUGUGCACGCUACGCGCAAGAACUCCCCGGAAAGCCCACGGAGACGAUAGGAAAAUGCAGACCAUCGCAAUUUGAAUGCAGAAGCGGAGGCUGCAUCCCAAAAGCAGAAGUGUGUGAUUUCAGGGUCGACUGUAAGGAUGGUUCGGAUGAGUACGGCUGUGGACCGUGCGAUUUUGAGCAAGAUACGUGCGGCUGGACGGACCAAAGCAAAGGGAAGGUUGUCUGGCAACGAACUCGAGCAAAGAACAAACAGUGGAUCGGAUUUGAUCACACGAUGGGAACAGAAAGUGGUCACGUCAUUGUGAUCAAUGACGAGAAGGACCCAUCCCAAGUUCAGGCUUUGUGGGUUAGCCCUGAACUUCCACCGUCUUCGACGAGGUGCAAAGGAAAACUCUGGGCGUUCUUCAAAGCUUCGAAGACUUCUAGCGAGUACAUGCAACUUCAGUAUGUUCCCACAACAGGGGAACCCGUGAAUCUAACGACAAUCCAUGGAGGUUCACGCUGGACGUCAGUUCUGUUUGACGUACCACAGAACACGGAACGUGGAGGCAGGCUCCAUUUGUUUCUUAGCCUGGCGACUGGGACGCUUCAAAGACAAGUUGCGAUUGAUGACGUCAGUUUCCUUGAUUGCGCCGCCAGUAAGUUGCUUCUCGACUGCAGUUUCGACGACGAAGAUUUCAAUGGCGGGUUUUGCCACUGGAGAGAUAACCGCAAAGGGGGUUUAUCCUGGCUCAUAACAAAUCAUGACAAAUCGCCGACCGCAGGUGGAGUGCCAACGAGAGAUCACACAACCGGUAAGGGAAAUUAUGCCUUGUAUUACUCCGAUCAAGCGGACAAAUCAAUAUAUGCUACGCUCCAAAGUGCUCCAAUGCCGCGCCCGGAUAAGGGAGUGUGCUUCAGCUUCUGGUACUACCCAUACCGAGGAGAAACAGCACUUACCGUGGAGGUUGUAAAAAAAGGUGGGAAUUACUGGAGCAGAAACGCCGUUGCACAAGGAAACAAAUGGCUGUAUGGGGAACUCUUCAUAAGCUCCUCGGACCAAUACACAGUCGAAGUACAAGCCUUUGCUAAGGUACGCGGUUCAAGUCUCGCACUUGAUGACUUCCUACUGUCGCCGGGACCGUGCCGUCAUGCUGGUUUCUGUGACUUCGAAACUGAUAUGUGCCUCUGGCUUCCUGUUGCAUAUGGUCUGACGCAAGGCUGGCAGCGACAGAACGGAAGCGUCAUGGCGGCGGGACCGCGACAAGACCACACCUUGUCGGACAUGUAUGGACAUUACAUGGUGACGACGCCCGGACGUCGAGGGGACACUGCCCGCCUUAUGUUUAUGUCUGAAGACGCGGGCGAGCGUUGCAUACAGUUCUGGUACAUCAUUUCCAGCGACGCCGCGGGCAACUUUUCUCUCUACCAGAACGCUAGUGACAAUAACCCGCUUCCUAUCUGGAGCUCUGCGGGCCAUGUGUUCGGUGUCUGGCGAAAGGGACAGGCAUCCCUGCAAAAGAUUAAGCGAUAUUUUGUCGUGUUUGAGGUGAAGACUAACGUAAGCACAUCGCGGGGCAGUAAGGAUUACGUAGCUCUAGACGACGUGAAAAUUACCGUAGGCCUAUGUGCCAGCACCCUCACCUGUGACUUCGAAGAAGAUAUGUGCAACUGGUACAGCGACAUCAGUCGGUCGAACUUCGAGUGGCUCUUCUGGCGGGCAGCUGACAGCAAGAAGUUGGGCGGUCCAUCCGUAGACGUCACGACCGUCACGAACGAAGGAAGCUACGUUUAUGCGCCGUUCUCGAACGUACAAAGGGGUGACCAAGCCGUGCUACUGUCCGACGAAGUGGACGUCACGACGGCACCGGAAUGGUGCCUCACCUUCUGGCACUCUUUCAGAAACGUGGGGAAAUCGUCCCUCCGCCUCGUAGCGACGUACAACAGAGACAACGACGCUACCCAAACUAUUGUCACUCACGCUGCCAAAGCGUCUUCCUGGAUCCAAGAAAAACGUAGCUUGCGCGUCGGCCGUGGAGUUCGAACGGCUUGGUUUCAACUCAUCGCAAAGGUGGCGGAAGAUUACGACAAAACAAAUUUUACGGGCAUAGCCAUAGACGAAAUCAACUUCAAGCCAGGGCUCUGCGGCACCCCGUACGUUCCUCCGGCUCCCUCUCCGGAUCCACCACAUCCUCUAGACUGUGACUUCGAAACUGACGACUGCGCCUGGAUUAACGGAAAUUCAGAUGCGACGUGGAAAAGAGUAGCUGCCUACACGUUCGGCGGUAGGUCACUCCGUAUGCCAAAAGUAGAUCACACUACGGCAUCGUUCAACGGCAACUACGCCGUAGUCGUUAGAUCUAGCAGCGGUACCGAGGAAUCCGUGCUCAUUACCGAGCGCGCAGUUAAGAUCGAAGACAAGGGUCUAUGCGUCAAGUUCUGGUACUACAUGUACGGGAGCUUGAUUCGCCCUCUUCGCUUCGCUAGUAUCGAGGAGAAACAGGAAACGGCUUAUUGGUGGAACGCGAAAUCGGAAGGACCGCAGUGGAAUUACGCUCAAGCGUUCGUUCCCGGACCUGCAGUGAGGUACCUGGCGUUCCUAGCCAGGAAGUCGACGGUGUCGCAAACGGCACUGGACGAUAUCUCCGCAAGUGAGGGCCCUUGCCCGCCGCCGAGGACGUGCGGGUUUGAGAGCGACGAGUGUGGCUGGGGGUCGGCCCUGGGGAACAGGUACCAUUGGAGGAGGGAGAAAGCGACGACAGUGGGACUGGGCGAGGACCACACAACAGGAGGCGGCGACGGGCACGUCUUCGCCGUUGACUUCAGCAAGAAAUAUCAGGGCCUCAAUUCUGCUACCGUGGUGAGCGCGCAGUACAAGUCCGAAGAAGCACUCUGCCUUCGUCUAUGGUACCAAAUCAGUGGGAACAACUCACUGACUGUUGGUUCACUCACGAACAACAAGAGAACCACUUUCUUGACCCGCCUUUCUGGAGGCGACGGAGAGCAAUGGCGCUCUGCGCAGGUCCGCGUCCCCAGCUGGUACGCUUCGAAAAGCCAUCGAUUCUUUUUCCAAACACAAGCGCGUUCCCUUGACGGAAUCGUUGCCGUGGACGACAUCCAGGUCCUGGACGACUGCCCAGAUCUCGGGUCCUGCGACUUCGAAAAAGACUUCUGCAUGUGGGAGAACCAAGACGUCAGCUCUCAGUUUUCCACCUGGGAGCGACGCACCGGCGGAAACGACUUGUACGAGCCGCAGAGAGACCACACGUUCGGUACUGUUUACGGAAGCUACGCCAUAAUCUACCCGAAGCGGCAUCCAGCCUACCGCACGCCUUCCAAACUGGUAUCACCGUACAUGGCAGAUUGCGCCGACGCUUGUUUCAGCUUCUGGAUGUACCGGAAUGGAAGCCAAGUUCACGACAUGACUGUGUUUGUGAGAACUAACGACCAAGAUAUUGCGCAAGAGUACAAGAUGUCAGAUGACGCUGAAGACACAUGGGCUAAAGGUCAAAUACAUCUUCCGUCGGGCGUCGGGGCUUGCCAGAUUGGGUUCGCGCCGUCGUUUCCAGUGCUCCGUAACAAGUUUUUUGCCCUAGACGACCUCGAAUUCAAACGGGGCCCUUGUAGCCCUCUUGAAGAUGUCCAUCACCCUUCCUUCACGUGCGACGAUGGCGACACACAUUUGACGAGCGACAAGAUCUGCAACUUUGCUUCAGACUGUAAGGACGGGCUAGACGAGGCCCACUGUGGAACGUUCUGCGAUUUUGAGGGCAACCACACAUGUAACUGGAGCAGGAAAGACGCUGGAACACGGUGGGUGCUUGAAGAGGCUAGUUCUGGCAUGCACGAACCAAAAUUUGACCGGACGACAAUGUCCGGGAGUGGUCACUACGUCAGCUUGAAGCGUGUAAGUGCUGCAAGCAUUACAAUAAGCGGCUCCUUUGCUAGUCCGUAUCUCGUUAACGCUGCGCCCACUUGUAGAUUCAUCUUUUGGUGCUAUUCAAACCUACCCAGAGACUCAAAACCAGUUAAGGUUCGAAUGCGAUCAACUAGCAACCGCUUCGACCGCGAGACAACAGCACUAGUCAUGCAAGGAAGUCAGCGACCACAGUGGCAAAAGGUUGAAGUCGUCAUAGGCCGCGUCAGCAGGCGCUUCGCCGUUCUCCUUGAAGGCGACCCUGAAAGAGGAAACGCAAGUUUCGCUAUCGAUGACAUUUCCUUCCAUCAGUGUGCCGUCGUCAUCAACGGGAGUCAAGAGUGCAACGGCAAAGACAUGUAUCAGUGCGCUAACGGCAACUGUGUACACAGAAACCAGUUGUGCGAUUUCACUGACGACUGCGGAGAUCGAAGCGAUGAAGGUGUCAUGGCAAAAUGCAACACUACAUUUCCAGGAAGGUGCAGUUUUGAACUCGGCGUCUGCGACUGGACAUUCAGAGACAGUCGCUGGAGGCUACAGAAAGGAGCCAAGAUAUGGCACAUACACCGUGCCGAUGACUUCCGUGAUCAUACUGUGAACAGUAUCUACGGAAAUGCCGUAAAACUUCCGUUUAGAUACUCUCCACGUGGUAGUAAAGCGAUCUUCCAAAGUCCUAUUCUCUCGGCGUCAUCUCCCACGUGCAGCUUCCGAUUUUACUACAUGUACAGCACGCAAUUCAGAGACAUCCAAUAUGACAGGUACAACAGGGCUGCCGGAAGCCUAGCAGUGCGAGUGAGAACAGACGUUCUCGGUGCUGCGAAACUGCUCUGGAAAACGUCCAGAGUGCACGGACAGUUUUACGAACGCGCUCUCGUAGGCCUCGGUGACACGCGAGGUCAGUUUCAAAUUGUCAUAGAAGGCGUGACGGGGUCGGACGUGAAUGGACAGUGGAUCGUUGACGACGUGUCUUUUACUGAUGGCUGCGCGAAGUCUGAGAACGGCACGCUGCCCACUCUUAUCAAGCCCACUACAGUCGCGCCGCCGGCUUCGAAGUGUGAGGGCGACCACUUCGCGUGUGGUAACGGCCAGUGCAUCGGUAAGACCUCUGUGUGUGACUUCCACAAUGACUGCGACGAUGGGUCCGACGAAACACGCUGCGCCACUUGUUCGUUCGACCGGGGCACUUGCGGGUGGGUCGACUAUAGUGCUGGAAACGUCUACUGGAAACGGGUCGCACCAGGUGACGCUGGGAAGCCACCUACCUCAGGGGCAAACAAAGGUUAUUUCAUGAGCAUCGAGAAACUGUCAGGCAGUGCAGUCUCUAAUAAUGCAGUGAUGGAAGCUGGACCUCUUCAAGCAUCGUCCAAAACCUGCAGGUUCGAGUUCUUCUACUUCGCCUCCGUGGUGUCCCGAAACAGUGUGAUCUUCUCGGUAGUGCUCGUUGAGAAUUCAACGUCUGUUCCCAUUACAAGUUUCACCGGUGACUCGGGGGGUGUUUGGACGAAAGCGUCCGUAGAGCUGGGCAUCAGAACUGCACCUUGGUUCAUCCGAUUUGUAGCCAAGGACCACUGGGACUCAUCUCGCGUUGCAGUGGACGACGUCACCAUGCUUGAGUGUUCCACGACCGACCUUACUCCUGGAGCGAAGUGCGAAGCAAACGGAAUGCUAUCCUGCCCCGGUCAGAUGGAUCGGUGCAUCUACGACUCGCAAGUUUGUAACUUCGCCAAAGACUGCACCGACGGGUCCGAUGAGGCUUCGUGCGACCGGUAUCCAGAACGGUGUGACUUCGAGAAGGAUACCUGCGGUUGGAAACUUCACAGCGCCGUCGGAACAGCUAGUUGGGAAAUAUCUGCGGCGAAGUCGUACCCGUGGGUACCUGGCGACCACACGCGCGGUGAUGCUACGGGACGUUUCUUCUCCCUUGAAAAGAAAGACGCAAACCAGAAAGGUAGCGCUGUCGUCAGUAGCGUUGCGUUCAAACCCACAACGGAUCAGAAAUGCAAGAUCCGCUUCUGGUUCUUCAUGGCCGACGCUGAAAGUGAUGCGUUGAAAGUAUUCCUGAAACAAAACUCAGUAAGAAUGUCAUUUGUUCUUGAAAACGUGAAGGGAGACAACCGAAUGCGCUGGCAACAAGCCGACGUGAUCUUGUCGAGUCAAGAGGUGUUCCGCGUUCUCUUGGUCGGAACAAAAGACGCUGGCUCAGAAGGACUCUUGGCCAUUGACGACGUUUCGUUCACGCCCGCUUGCACACCGGUUAGUAAGGAUACGCAGCCCUGGCCCCCGAUCCCAGUUCAACCCCCAGGAAGGUGCAACAACGAAACGGAAUUCAUGUGCGAAGACAACAGCUGCAUUCCUUCAGAUAUGGUAUGCGACUUCAAGGAGGACUGUGUUGGCGGUCGAGACGAAAAGACUUGCCCUUCAACGUGCGAUUUUGAAGGCGGCGACGAAUGCGGAUGGCGGGGAACCCAGAAUCCCCCUCCCGGCUUCUCGUGGGGAGCUGAAACUGCCAUUGAAGCCGUGAACGUAAACCCCAAUGCACCUCCCAAUGAUACUACGACUAAAUCCAGAGAAGGUGACUAUUUCAUGGCCUGGGUAGCCGAAGGAACUGGUGCGACGCAGCACGCCGUGCGGAUCUUCUCACCAACGUACCGACAAGCCGGACCCAACUGCAAGGCUACCUUUAACUAUUGGCUUCACAAUCCUGCCAACGUUGCCGUUCAAAUGUGGGUUGCCGAAAAGGACAAAGAACAUGUGGUCAUAUUUGAUAGUAACACUGUUACUGAUUCGUCGAACACCUGGAACAAUGUCACCCUUGGUAUAGGCCGCAGGAAGGAGGCAACGGUCCUUCAGCUUGAGAUAAGUGCUCCCACGACCGGAGGUGGAGCAUUCUUCGCUCUCGACGACCUCCGGUUUAUUGACUGCGCCUACCCGAAGCAAGUCCCAAAGGAAUCUGUUUGUCCUGCUUCUCAAUUUCGAUGCAAAAAUGAUCGAUACUGCGUACCUAACAACAACGUAUGUGAUCUCAGCGAGGACUGCAGUGACGGCAGCGACGAGGAAAACUGUCAGAACCUCAGGGUCACCUUCGAAGACGGGACGUCCGGACCUUUCCAGCAUGUCGGGAAGUGGCAGACGGAACGUGGACCUUCUUCGCUUCGACGAGAUUACAGCACGGGACCGCUGUUCGACCACACCACCCGCGACGCCACGGGCACUUACAUUAAGUUCGGCGACGAGUUCCCUAACUACGGUACAUCCGGGUCUUUGCUCUCCCCCGUGUUUCUGGCCGGGAAGUGCAGGGUAACGUUCCACGUGUACAUGUACGGAGACGACAUCAAUUCCCUGAGCCUUCGGAAGCUGCAUAAAGAUCGCAGUGAACGUGUAGCCUGGGAACAGAAAGGACCCCUGGGCGACUUCUGGUCCAGACAGACAGUGCUGCUGGACGAGAAGGAGGACUUCCAGCUCAGUUUCGUGGCUCAAGAGGGCAGCAAUCCGGGUGACCUUGUUGCCUUGGAUGAUAUCAGCUUCGGAGAUGAAUGCAGGACCACCGUCAAUUUGACAACACGUGAGCCUGCUGAAGCGUCAUCGCAGACUCCAGUAUCGGUGUCAACUCCUGGGAUACCGACAACCCCAAAAGUGUGCGGAAAAGCACUUUUCAGUUGCGGCGACCGAUGCAUUCCUUCGUUGUUCUUCUGUGACGGGGUUGAAGACUGCCUGAACGGUGCUGACGAACAAUGCGAGGACAGCCAGCGAUGCCCGCAAGGUUCUGUCUACUGCAGUGACUCUACAUCGGAUCCAUGUUUACCUCCAUCGAAAAUAUGCGAUGGGGUCCAGGACUGCAGCGACGGCUCUGACGAGUCCCUGUGCGGAGUUUGCCCGAAGUCGUUCUGCCUUAACUUCGGAAUCUGCCAGGUCCCGAAGCCUCAGGGCUUUCCGAGCUGCAGUUGCAAGGGUGAACUGACCGGGUACCGUUGCAGCCGCAACGACUUCCUAGUUGAGCAUUUAACCAUCAGGACGAGCAGUUCAAGCUCGUGGGUUACUGCGCUAUCCAUCUCACUAGUCCUGAUAGUGGCGCUGGCUGCUGGUGCCUGGUUCCUGGUUCGCAGAAGACGGAUACUAAGCGGAACGACUGACCCGACAGGCCUGGUGAACCCGUCAUACGACGUUCCUAUGGAAGAAAUCGGCGAGCUUGCUUUGCCGGAGGCUUCCACGGAAGAUGAGAAUGGGAUUACUAACCCCACAUACGAAAGUUGAUGGCGGUCACGGCGAUCCUUGGUGUACAGACGUAAUUUAAUUCAUCACGGUAUUGUUGCUGAUGAUACAGCCAUCAAGUGUCAUCUUCACCGCUCGGUAAUCAUCAUUCAUAUUUUCCGACGUCGUUCCUUAUCUGGUGUGUGCAGACCGAACACAUUCCCUGUUAUUUGGUCGGGACUCGAAUGUGAUAUUCAUUUUCUACUAUGACUUAUACGCACCCCAUUUUCUGGUGGAAUAAAUCUAUCCUAAGAUAUCUAGUAAA